AUGCUCAGGCCCCUGAACCGUCAGUGGAUGUCCAGUCGUUCGACACCAGUCCAAAGGCUGGAGGCAGAAUAUGCUCGGGUAAUGCGAGUCUCUGCCGAAGAGCUGGACCUGGAACCUGCCGUAUAUCUCAGGGAAGGAAGUGAUCUGAUGGCGCAGUUACGAGACCAACUUAUCAUGCUCCCGGAAAUUGAAGAACUGACCCCAGAGGGUCACCACUCCGGAGAUGGAAGCCAAGAUGAGAGGGAUCGUGAAAUCCACCGCAGCAUCUUCCUGGGAGACGGCAAUGCAGCUCCAGCCCCGGCUAGGGGCGUAGUGUGUGAUAUCGACGUUGGUGAAGCAAAACCAGUGGCUUUACGUGCGAGGCAUAUUGCCGCACCUUUCUUGGUGAAGGUGUUCGAACUCCUGAAGAAGUUGUUGGAGGCAGAGCUCAUUGAGCAUUCAGAGUCCGAGCGGUCAUCACCUAUUGUGAUUGUGCUGAAGAAAAACGGCAUAGACAUCCGAAUGUGUAUUGACUACCGACUUCUGAAUCUGCUCAUAAAGCUAUCUCGCUACCCUCUACCCUUGAUCGAUGACCUGCUGGUAGACUUCAAGUCCGCAAUGUGGUUUAUGAGUCUCGACAUGGCGAGUGGAUUCUGGGCGGUGCGAAUGACUGAACGUGCGAAGCUGAUCUCUGCAUUUGUCUGUCCGUUCGGCCAUUUUCAAUGGCUCAGAAUGCCCUUUGGAUUGAAGAAUGCGCCGUUAAUUUAUCAGAGCAUCAUCAACAAGUGUCUGUGGGGAUUCGUCCGUCUACCUCCUGAAGAAGAAGCGUUGGUCGACCCAGAAGUUCUUAAGGUCCUGGAUCUUGAGCCGCAAGAAGUCCUGAAACCUGAAGUGGAUAUGCGAGGCUCAGAGAUUUCGUCAUUGGACAUGACGGUAUUCCGACGCAACAUUCCGGCUCCGUCACAU